AUGGUUCAUCCCAAAGCUGAAAAGGCCCUCGAAGAGGCAAAGAAACUGGUCGCCCAGCUCGAAUCAUACGAGGAUGAUCCCAUCAGCCACCAAAAUGUCCUCAAACAGACGGAAGCAGUUCGCUCAGCUUUUCAGGAUCCCAUGGAUCAGAUGACACACCUAAUGGAGCAAUUCAGUCUCGGAUGCGCUUUCCAUACCAUUCUUGGAAUCCGGGCAUACCACGCCAUGCCCGAAGAUGGAAGUCCCAUCGCCGCUGAGGAACUGGCUCGCAUUACCAAUGUGGCUACUACUGUGAUUCAGCGUAUUUACCGUGUUGCUAUUAGUCAUGGUGUUUUUGUUGAGACUGCGCCUGAUACGUAUGCUCACAAUGACCUUUCGCAGAUUUUGAACCCGAGGGGCUUGGGUUCAUUUUUCAUGAUUGUGUUGGAGUUUAGUCGUGCUUGGAUGCAUCUUCCUGAGUACCUCAAGUCCCACAAGCCUAAAGAUGUUUUUGAUCUCAAAAAAUCCCCUGCCGUGUACUCGGUUGGCAAGGAGCAUUUGGGAAAGUCAUACUAUGAGCUGCUAGAGAUGGACCCCGAUCCUGAGCGACGCGAGCUUUGGAACGCAAACAUGGUUGCUGUUGAUGAGUUGAUGCCUGUCGUUGGCAUGUUCCCCUUUGCAUCGCUCAAAGACGAAGUGGCUCAGGAUCCGGAACGACCUUUCUUGGUGGAUAUCGGUGCCGGCCGUGGUCAGUCGUGCAUCGCCAUCCGCAAAGACAUUAGUGAUGCCUUUGACGCGAAGUAUAUCCUCCAGGACCUCCCUGGUGUCAUAGACUCGAUGGACCCCAAGGAAUAUCCAGACUUUGAACUUAUGACUUACGAUGCCUUUACUCCGCAGCCUAUCAAGAACGCCCGCAUCUACUUUAUGCGCCGCUUCCUUCAUGACUUCUAUACGCCAGUAUGUAUCGAAUUCGUCAAGAACACCGCGUCAGCCAUGGGACCCGAUUCCCGUCUGAUCAUAUGCGACCAGCUGAUUCCCGACAUGGUCGAGAAAGACAAGUUCACAGAUCUGUACUGGCUCGAUUUUGCACUUCUCGCCAUGACUGGGCAGGAGAAGAAGAAGGCAGACUUCGAGGAGAUCUUUGAAGCUGCUGGUCUGGAGCUAGUCAAGAUUUACCCAUCUGCCUAUGGAUGUACUGCGAUGCUGGAGGCGAGGUUGAAGAAGCCUGAGUAG